UUUACAUUUUCAUUUUCAGUUCCUUCAGCCGGUUUGUCUAUUUUCUUCUACCUUGCGCUAUUCAAACAGAAAACUUUGUAUCAACAUGGGUGAUUCGAAAGAUAAUUUAUUAUGGAUUUCUUGGCAUGAUUCUGCUUGGAUACCCAUACUUAAUCCCACCAAUGUAAUGGACUAUUUUCAGUCUACCACAAACCCUUUCUAUGAUCGCACCUGUAACAAUGAGAUAGUCAAAAUGCAACGUCUCAACAUGGAACAUCUCAGUAACCUAACAGGGCUUGAGUAUAUGCUGCUUCAUGUACAAGAACCAAUUUUGUAUGUUAUUAGAAAGCAGCAUCGACAUUCUGUCUCAGCUGUAACACCACUUGCAGAUUUCUACAUCAUUGCUGGAGUUGUUUAUCAGGCUCCAGAUCUUGGAUCUGUUAUCAAUUCUCGCAUUUCUACAACAGUUAAUCAUCUGCAAGGGGCUUUUGAUGAGGCUCGAACAUAUUCAAGAUAUCAUCCAAGCAAAGGUUAUUGGUGGGAGUUUAAAGAAACUGAAUCUAAAGAUUUGGAAGAUGAAAACAAAAAGGCACAGAAAAAGAGUUCAAAAGAAAAAGCCAAAGAGGAAAGUAGCUCAGCAUUCCAAAGGCAUAGAGUUAAUAUAUUAUUAGCUGAUCUUGCCAAGAAAUUCCCGCUUAAAAGUACUCCUUUUCCUGCAUCUAACACUCAACUGCCAGAACAAAGAAUAUCAGUUGAAGAUAAUGCCAAGGUUGAAGUUAAAGUUGAAGUUAAAACAGAACCUCAGGGUCAUAAACCACCACCAGAGAAGAAGCCAAGACUUGGUUGAGACAUGAGAGUUCAGAAUUUUGUAUUACUGUUAUGUGAAAUUUGAUUAAAUAACUAUGCUUGGCAUAGGCAUACUUUCUCAGAAGUUUGGUUCAAAAUAGUUGAAAGUGUGUAUUAAGAAACACAUUGGGCACACAAAACCUUGAUAGCUAUAUUGCUUAACACUGCCGAAGAUUCAGUAGGGUUUAAUUACCAUAUUCAAUCACCCGAAGAAAAUGCGCUAAAAAUUUCGUUCGUUUGCUGUGUGACUCGAAUGAAGGUUGUCCGUUUCGGUAAUUCUUUCAGACGUGCAGCUCCCGUAUACGUGCAGGCGGAUCGUAACCCACCCAAAAUAUCCGAUAUAGUUGCUUCCACAUUACCGCGAUAGGGAACUUCGACAGUCUUUCCUUCUGAAGCCCUAUCAAUGCAAUAAAAAAAAACUUGAUUACAAUAAAGCACGAGAUAUUUUUUUGAAUAAUUUCUUACCUAUAUUCGGAGACACCACCAACAUGCUUAUUCAUGGCUGUCGCGGAUGACAUCCCAUAGAAAAGUUUAUAUUUUUUCCCAUCUCGUUCGAUCACGUCUCCACCUGAUUGAUCAUGGCCCGAGAGCAUUCCCCCUAACAUGACGAAAUCUGCUCCAGCACCAAAUGCUUUAGCUACAUCACCCGGACAAGUACAUCCUCCAUCCUAUAACGUAAACUUACACGGUUAAGAAAAUUUACUUGUGCAAUUAUCAGACGCUUCCUGACCGAAAUAAUGUGUCCCCCCAGCCCAUGAGCCGCAUCGGCGCAUUCAAUGACGGCACUGAUCUGAGGAUAGCCAACACCAGUCUUCUUACGAGUUGUGCAAACAGAGCCAGGACCGAUUCCAACUUUGAUGAUGUCUGCGCCUGAAAGAAUCAGUUCUUCAACCAUUUCUCCCGUGACAACAUUGCCUGCCUGCAUAGAGGAAGAAAAAUUCCAGAAACUCCAAAUUCACUGACAAACCCUCAAAAAAAAAAAAAAACAAUACCAUAAUAACAUGUUGAGGAAAUGCUUCGCGGACGCUACGUACAAACUCUACGAAAUGCUCCGAAUAACCAUUAGCUACAUCAAGGCAGACGAAACGCACUUCGGGGACAGCGUUGAGUAUUUUGGAUAGUUUAUCGAAAUCGCCUUUACCAGAACCUGAAGAAGCCGCAACAAAUCCUGCUAUAUCUUUAUUCUAUAGA